CCUAUAAAUGCGGCCUCCCCGCCGGUGCAGGGGGGAUCUCAUCGCAUUCUCGCUCUGUUGUGUGACUGAUUGCCAAGAAGGAAACGCUCUCUGCUUGUGUUCCAGCCUCUGAAUCUCGUGUGAGGAUGUCGUGCUGCGGAGGCAACUGCGGGUGCGGCUCCGGCUGCAAGUGCGGCUCCGGCUGCGGAGGGUGCAAGAUGUACCCGGACAUGGCUGAGCAGGGCACCACCACCACCACCCAGACUGUCAUCAUGGGCGUUGCACCAACCAACAAGGGGCAUGCCGAGGGCGGGUUCGAGGCCGGCGCCGGAGCCGAGAACGGCGGCUGCAAGUGCGGCGACAACUGCACCUGCAACCCCUGCACCUGCAAGUGAGGAGCUCAUGGCCAUGGCCGGACCGGAGGAGAUCUCGGAAGGAUAAAAAAGCUAGUAUAGCAGUGUUGUGUAUGUGCGUCGUUCGUUUGUCUGAAAGUGUGGGUGGCAUGCUUAGUAACAGUGUUGCGCGUGCUGCUAGUAGAUGGUACUGAUGAGGAACAAUAAUAAUGAUGGUGCUGAGAUGUCGUCGGCGUCGCCGCCGUCGUGUCCUUCCUCCCCGGCCGGUCGAGCACCUGUGGCGGUGCUCUAGCAGUGUGUCGGUGUGUGCAGCAGGCCAUGCUCUGAUCUGUGGUGUAGGUGUGUGGCCUGCUUGGUGUCCCUUGUGUCAUGUGUAACCAGCCAUCUAUAUCAUUAUCUAUCUAUCUACAUCCAUGUUGUGUGCU